AUGUAUCACUUUAGCCUGGACCCAACUGGUUUUCUUCUAAGGCAGGCGGUGUCAACCGUCAUGCAGGCGCAGAAGGGCGCGCGCUAUUGUGACCUCUGCGUCUCACCAAACGGCGUCACAUUUGGAAUAUCCGUAACAGAUCCCAGUACCGGAAUCCCAAACAUUUACUUCACCCUGCCGAUGGAACCUUUGAACUUCUACUCAAUUCGCUGCCGAGGGAUCCUCUAUCUUAAAGUGGACAUCCGUAAUAUGCACGACCAACUCCUUGAGGCCACCGCUUAUGAUUUUCUCAGUCUCUCUGGUCAUGUCACCCUUGGUCACAUAGACUUUGAGCUCGUCGAUGCCAGAACUAAGCAAAUCAGGGCCACUGAAAUUUCAGUGAUUUCAAGCAAUUAUGGUCGGAUAGCUAUACCUCGGCUUUUUCGUGAAUAUCAAGUGAUCGUCGGGAUACCUGCGGAGACGUUUAGGAUUAUGAUCAUCAAUCUGCACCAUAUUGGAUUUCAAGCUUAUGCAGAAGUAAGAGAGAAUGUUGUUUUUCUUGGAGUAGGUGACGAGGCGGUCACUCUCCCGAAGGACGAAAGAUGUAUUAUUGAGGGUGAUGUGGGGAUCUUGCUGUUCAGUAUCGAAAAUAUUAAGCCACUGUUGAGCGCUUCAAUUCUGUCGAAGAUGGUGUGGUUGCUUGGCCAGUCCGGGGGUCCAUAUGCCGCGCUGAAUUUCCCUUUUGGUAAACUUGGCAACAUGUUGUUUUACUUUGGCCCUGUAUUCUGAAGCCUGAAGGUGAUGAGAAUGGUCUUACCAUCGCUGAGUUCGUACUCAAAACAGAUUUUAAUGAUGCAAAUUCUCUUUCUCCAUUUUCAAGAUAAUGCGGUUUGAUCACAAGUGUAAAUCACCAAACAAAAGAUGAUGUG